AAGAGAAAGAAGAGGGGAGGGAUUUAUGUGUCACACUUCUUAGAUAUUUCUUUACCACGAAGCGGUGUCAAGGAUUUUGAGUUUGUCUGAAUGGAGUGGAGGAGCUGCUGCACUCAAACUUGAUAGACGUAAAUACUGCAAGUAGAAUCGUACAUGUCAGGUGAAUGAUAGCACAGGAACCAUGCACGUUGGUUUGAUGUUACUUUAGUCAGCAUUCAGAGCUGGUUUAAGGGUUCAGUUAAACACUAGACUUGAUGUUUUAUGGUACGAGAGGUAACUCGUUUACAGAGGAUCCUGAAGACAAGCAAAGAUGAGAGACGUGAUGUGGAUUUAUAUCGUAUUUACCUUCUUGGCUGAAACAGCAUGGAGCCUGGAGAAAGAAAACCCUUUUGUGAACACCACCCUGUCCCCUUAUGUGAAAAGAAAUACAUCGUUCAAUCUUGGGAGCGAUGGUAACCUUACAUGCAGCAGUAAGCCAUGGAAUGAGACAUUGUUUGUUAUCUGGACUCUAGACUUGAAAUACAGAAAGUGUAGAAUUUCCUUUAACAAUGACGGUCGAAGCGAAAACUCCUGCAAUGAUGGCAAGUCUCUCCGAAACACAUCCAGUGCUCAGUCAUACCUGCACAUCCCAAACUUCUCUGCUGAUGAUAUAGGGCUCUACAAAUGUGAAUCGGUUUACACAGGAGGAAAUGAAAACUAUGAGAUCCUCGUAGCUAUCACAGUUCCUCCUCAAGUAUCCAUCCGGUUAGAGCGUAAAGAUAACAAGAUGGUGGCAGUGUGCAAAGCUGAAAGAGGAAAUCCUGCUGCCAACAUUAGCUGGAGUCACACAGGAAACUUCUUGCCUGUGAACACGCAGCAUGACUCCAAUGGAUUUUUUACAGUAGAAAGUCAUCUGGAGCUCCCUGAAGGCAUGGAUAUACAAAAUCUGACCUGUAUCAUCAGGCACCCAUUAUUUGAAGAGGAUAAGAUUCUGAAACCAAACUCCCAAAAAGCUAAUUUUCCAUGGCUGGGCAUACUCAUUGUGGUGGUAGUCACUCUAUUUUUGGCGGGAUUCAUAUUUUUUGCACAGAAGAAACUACUACCGUUAAGGCCAUGCAGACAGUCACACAGAUCACCAUCUAAAAAUCCACGGUUGGAGGAUGUGGAGGAAGUGGAGCCCUAUGCUAGCUACAUUCAACGUGUGAACUCUAUCUACAACUGAUCUGCAGAUUGAUUUGCGUAAUAAUUCUGCACAUGCAUCGACUGCCUAAAUGCACUUGGGUCUUGGUGAGAAAACUGAAGGCUGUGAAACCGAGAACUGAAGAAAUAGUAAAGAAUGAGGAGCGUCAGAUCAAAAGCUUUCGAUAGGAGAGGGAAGCCUCUCGGUAUGAAUCUGUCCUAACAAACCUUUGCUGGGUGGAACAGGGGAUGUACCUGAAGCCGUGCACAUGCUACCCACUGCUCCAUCUGUGGGCGUCAUGGAGAACAUUAAUAAUUAUUACUACAAAUGCAAACUGCUGAAAUUGAAAGGAUCGCAUCUUGAGCGGGAUGCAGCAUGCACAGAACUACAGACUUUUGAUGUUGCUGAUGAAAUACAGCCGCUGUACAUAUGUAUGGUUACACUUAUUUAUAAAUGUACUGUAUAGAGAUACUCAUCUUUUAGGGAGGUACAAACACCAAGUGGAGAACAGAUAAUGUGGAAAAAAAUUGGUGAUCUAUUGAUAAUGUUUUAAUUUGUAACCAUGUUAUUUUGUGUAUUAAAAUCCAUUUAAAUGCUUUGA